UCUUCCCUGGCCUGGUCUUUUCUCCCCCAGGUCCUGCUCCACUCCAAGACUAUGCCAACCUAUGGCCUUGCUCCCAUCAACCAGCUGCCUCCUGUCCCUCCUGCUGCUGAUAGGCACAGGGGGUACUGUGCCCAGCCCCCAGGCGCCUCCUCAGGGCUGCUAUGUGGCAGAGGAAGCUGGUGAGCGGACGUUCCGCUGCAGCCAGGCAGGCUUGAGUUCCAUGCCCACUGGCAUCCCCAACGACACCCGCAAGCUCUACCUGGAUGCCAACAAGCUGGCAUUGGUGCCAGCUGGCGCCUUCCAAUACCUGCCUGUCCUGGAGGAGCUAGAUCUGUCCCACAAUGUCCUUGAAUACCUCUCAGGGGCUGCUUUCCAGGGCCUGGAGGGCACCCUGCACCUCCUUGACCUCUCUGCCAAUCAGCUGGCCUCAGUGCCUGUGGAGGCCUUCGUGGGGCUACAGAUUCAAGUGAACCUCUCUGCCAACCCAUGGCGCUGCGACUGUGCCCUCCAGGAAGUGCUCAGGCAAGUGAGGCUUGCACCGGGCACCGGGACAGGCAUUGUGUGUGGCCCUGGAGCCCGACCAGACCUGGUCGGACAGGAGUUCCUGCUACUGGCCGGGGAGGAAGAACUGUGUGGGACCGGACAUGGCGGGACCCAGAGGAGCACCGAUGUGGCCCUGCUGGUAACCAUGGGGGGCUGGUUGAUUCUCGUGGUGGCUUAUCUGGUCCACUAUAUGUGGCAGAACCGGGAUGAGACCCGACAUCCGCCCAAGAGGGCCCCGGUGGUAGCCGUGCGCUCAGAGGAAUCUUCUACCCUCAGCACAGCCGUGUAAUGAUGAGAGAACCGUACCCUGCAGCCCCACUUCCUCCUCUGCAACCCCACCCAGCCCCUCAUCCCACCCCACCCUGUAGACUCCAUAUCUCCUAAAUAUCUGGUCUCUCUUUUUCUCCCAACACUGUCUCAGAUGCCUGAUUUUGAA